GCGCUUGCCGUAUUUAUCAAACGCCGUUUCGUUUUGACAGCAUUCAGACCGGAGACACUUCACCGUUUCAUUAGUUUAAACUCGUUGCCACCGCUUUUUUUGUUUACUAUGUGACUUCUCAGAACAAGACGACUCUGUAUAGGGUCUUCCAGGUGUUAUGAACAACUAUGAGGUCAUCCGUCAGAUUGGAGAGGGUGCGUUUGGUAAAGCCUUCUUGGUUCGAGACAAAGGGGGAGGUGCAGACAGAGAGUGUGUGGUCAAACAGAUCAACCUCAGAAAGAUGUCGGCGAGGGAAAAGGAAUCGUCCAAGAAAGAAGUGACGUUGCUGUCAAAGAUGAAACACCCGAACAUUGUGGCCUUCAUCAGUUCAUUUCAAGAGAGAGGCAGCCUGUAUAUAGUGAUGGAGUACUGUGGCGGAGGAGAUCUGAUGAAGAAGAUAAAAAUGCAGAGAGGAGUCUUCUUCACUGGGGAGCAGGUUGUGGACUGGUUUGUUCAGAUCUGCCUCGGCCUCAAACACAUCCACGACAGGAAGAUCCUUCACAGAGACAUCAAAGCUCAGAAUAUCUUCCUAACCAACGGAGGGAUGAAAGCAAAGCUGGGGGACUUUGGAAUCGCAAGAAUGUUGAAUAACACCAUGGAGCUGGCCAGGACUUGUGUUGGGACACCGUACUACCUCUCCCCAGAGAUCUGCGAGAGUCGACCCUACAACAACAAGACGGAUAUCUGGUCUCUGGGCUGCGUCUUGUAUGAACUCUGCACCUUGAGGCAUCCAUUUGAGGGCAGCAGUCUGCGGCAGCUGGUCGGUAACAUUUGCAGAGGGAGCUACAACCCGGUACCCAGCCACUACUCCUAUGAUCUUCGCCUGCUGGUCACCCAACUCUUCAAGGUCAACCCCCGGGACCGACCCUCGGUCAGCUCCGUCCUCAAGCGUCGCUUCCUGGAGGAGCACAUCAGCAAACACCUGGAUCCACAGAUGAUGCAGGAGGAGUUCAGCCACACAGUGCUGCAUCGAAACAGAGCAGUGGCGUCUCAGGCGGUUAAAACAAGAGCAGGAGCAGCAGAGAACAAACAGAGGCCCAGAGCCGCUGUGAAGAGACAGCCUGCUAAACCAGAAUGGAAAGUCCCACUCCGAGUCUGCACUCCUGCCCACUACAAACCUCUUCACCAAAGAGCUGCAGACAGAGACGCUGCAGGCCAGCAGAACCAAAGGUUUAAUGGACAGAAGGCAGUCGGCCAUUACCAGCACCACUACGCCCAGCUGGACGCCUUUCAGAGGAGGAACAAGGAAGAUGUCCUUCCCCCUCCAACUCCUCCUCUUCCUCCUCCUCAGGAGAGAGAGAAGGAGCGAUGUGAAGUCCACACUGUGGAACCAUACCAGCUUGUGGCAGCAGCUCGUAAUGAAUAUCUGCAGAGGAGACAAGAGGCCAACCAGUACAAGCUGAGAGCAGAGAAACAGCUGGGUCUGCGUCCGUGUACAGCUGAGUGCAACAGGAAGCCCGGUGGUCAGGAGCAGGAAGUGCGACAACAUGAACUCCAGGACAAGAGGCAGGAGGGACAGCAGGAGUACCUGCGUCAGCUGGAUCUCAUCAGACAGCAGUAUCACCAGGAGAUGAGACAGAUGAGACUGAGAACUGAAGUAGAGCCUCAGCCACAAAACAAACAUGUAACCUUUGUGGUGAAGUCCAGAGACCCUGAGCCUGAGCAGCAGAGAGCUCCACCUGCACAGGACAUGGAUGCAGCUCUGAGGCAGAUCAUAGAUCAGCAGAUAGCGCUGGAGAGAAUACACAAAGACAAGAAAGGAAUCAUGUUUGAGAUCCGGUUAGAUGAGGAAGGCAUUAAAGAGGACGCAGAGAAGGAGAAAGAGGAGGGAAGCGAGGAAGAAGAGGAGCAAGUGGGUGAUGGAAGACGAAUGAAGGAGGAGGAAGUGGAACCUCUGAACCAAACUCUGAGCUUCCAGGAGGGAGAGGAGUUGGGGAGGAGGGGGUGGAGCCAGAGGACUCCAAAGACUUUGCUGGACGCACUCGCAAACAUGGACGUGAACUCUGUCUACAGCACCGCUGCCGAGGCUGAACAAGUUGAGGCGGCGGCCGGUCGCAGACAGUGGGACGAGGACCCCCCCAACACCCUGCUGGACGCUCUCGCUCAGGCUGAGCUCACAUCAUCAACUGUGGACUCAGUGACUGCAGAUUUAGAGCCAGAGAAAGAUGGAGCAGAAGAGGAGAGGAAGAAGGAGGAAGAGGAGUCUGAUAUGGAGAUGGAUGAAGAUCGUCUGGAGCCGAGGUCAGACGAUGACGACACCAACUUUGAGGAGUCGGAGGACGAGCUGAGAGAAGCUGUGGCAGACUCUAUGAGGAACCUGUUUGUGAUGGAGGCCGGGAGCUCGGACGAGGCGGAGCGCACAGAGGAGAGGGCGGACGAUGAUGAUGGUGAUGAUGAUGGUGAUGAUUUUGGGAUGAACAAGACCGAGGUUGGAAGAGAAGUGAACGCUGCAGACUCUCGACAGACCCACAGAGAAUUUGGAGAUUCCUGUGCGGACGUUGCUCCAACUGAGCCCGAAGAAUGUGACGCUCAGUCUGAUCACACGACUUUAAAUAAGCUGCAGCAUCCGACCUGAGUGCUCACAAACAUUUAACCAUUUCUUUCUGAGUCAAAACAAGACGGCAGUAACUAAAACACUAAAUUCAGCUUUGCAAAUGUUUUAUGCAUUUGUUUGUUAGACAAAUAAAGUGCUUUGGUAAGCUUUUAUCUGCAGCGCACCUUUAACCAGCCACUGUCGCUAAUUCAGUUUUUAAGGCCUCUGUUGGCCUCUGUUCAACGUAUGUUGAACUAGGUCUAAAAGUGUUUAUAGCUGUUCUGACCAGCCACACUUGAAGGAUGGGGAAAGGUCAGAAGUCAAGACAUCCACAUUUAGUCCACAUUAUAACUAUAUUUCUAGGAAAUUGGCAAAGGUUAAGGAAAAUUAAUUAGCCUUUCCAUCCACUACAGUUGUGUGAAUAUGAGUUCAUUGGUUGAUGGACAGCAAGUGGAGAUAAUUAUCCAUUCAAUGCCAUUAAACCGUUGAAGAGGAGGACGCCAUGAGAUGAGGUCAUUAAUUAAAAGAGCUUUCGUCAAAGCUGAAAUGAUGGAAAUAUGACAUUUCUUUUCAUGUAUUAAUUUGAGGAAGGUUACAGUCUCAUCGCUCCACACAGAGCAGAUGUUGCGCAUGCCAGAAUACAAAAAGAGAGCGGAUAAGUCUGGUGUUAUUCUGUUUCUUUCCUACUUUCAACAAAUCCCACGAAAAGACCAAAACUAACAAUGUGUUAGUUUGUCUCUCAAUACUUUUGGUAAAUCUUUAAAGACACAAAUACACCGUUUAAAGGCUCAGUAAUUUCCCCAAACAGUUAGUCACUGUAGUUUUUAAUCAAAGAAACAGGAGGAAAUCGAGUUUGCUCUUGGUUUUUUUCAUAGGAUUUAUUGUUAUUCUUUGUUUUGGUGCAGAAGAAAAAAAAAUUCUCUAUUAAGCAGCAUUAAUGUGUGUACUUUUUCUGUGCUAUAACCAUUUCUUGCCACAGCCUGGCAGCACAAACAAGCAGUUUCUAUGAAGUGUUUAGCAAUUGCGUUUAUUUCAGUAUUGUAUCAGUUUCUCGUCUUCUCUACAUGGACAUACUUAAUAAUAAUGCCUCUUCCAAAUAAAGAUCUUUUAUAUUUCA